AUGUUUCUUUUUGGUCAUACUCCGACCGGAGACGUCUCGAAGGCCGAAUUACAGAUGGUGACGGAAAUUGAAAAAUGGAUUCUUAGAUUGACUGGUGCGCCAGCGCCGGUUCCCGGCUACACAUACGUACAGCUAUCUCUUCUGCCGGAGCAAGUCGAAAGCCCGUUGAUCUUUGCUCUGCCGGACAAAAGUCGUCUUGCUCUGCUCGACUUUCCCUUUAACCUCCCCUUCGAGCUGUUGGGUGUCGAAAAGUGUCUACAGGUCAUCCUCGCGGUUAUUCUUGAACAGAAGGUUUUGCUCAAGUCGAGGGAUUACAACGCCCUAACCAUGUCUGUUCUUGCCUUGGUUGCGAUGCUCUAUCCACUGCAGUAUAUGUUUCCAGUCAUUCCGCUCCUGCCAACCUCGCUUCCGGGUGCCGAGCAAAAAACAGUCAACCUGAGGGCCUAUGAAGUCGCUGACAUGAAACGCAUGCUGGACAUCAUUUGCACGGCAGUAGCUAACAAUUCUUUGUAA